AUGGACAGGAACGACAGCAGCAAAACCAUCUUGGAGUUGACAUCAGCUGGCAAGAAUUCUGAGAUAACGGAAGUUCUUCCAUCUACAGCUAACGAGGUGGAGCGAGACAGUUCCAUUAGUCUUGGACUAGCAGUCGAUGGCCAGAGAUCUUCCCAGGACGUGCAGGUCCAAUCUCUUCCCUCAUCUGGAGAACAAGAAGGUAAGUACAUCCCUGACUCGUUACGAGGACAGAAAAUAUGGUCUUCAUCAAGACUGUUGAGAAGACGUUCAAAGAAGAAGGUGAAGCGAUUAGAAGAACAAACUAAAAAUGGGGUAAAGGAGAAGCGAGGCGCUAUGAUGAUUGUGAGUGUGCUGAUAGCAACACUCACAUACCAGGCCUCCCUCAACCCUCCCGGUGGCUUCUGGCAGGAUGACAAAUUUGAAUCAGCAGGCAACAGCACCGCUGCAGCACCGGUCGAACAGUCCGCCAAUGUUUCCCGACCCGCGGGCACUGCAAUCAAUAGCAACUUUCGUAGCUUCCAGUGGUUUCUGAUGUCUAACACGGUGGGGUUAUUUGCAUCUUUGGUCGUCAUCUUGCUCUUGACCAGCGCCAUCACAGUUGGAGUUGGCUCAUGA